GCAUGGAGAGCCCGGCUCUCACAGUGCAGCCUGGCUAAGUCCCACCGCCGUCUUCCCUCAUUCUUUUACAGCUGGUGCUUGCAACUCCCUGAUUAGCAUUAACCCUAAAAUCCAUUUGAUCUGGUUUUGUUGCAUCUUAAAUCUGUUUUUUUUUUAAAUGUGUCAUCUGGGCUUGUCUGAUUAACUCUCUCAAUGGAAAGGAGCUGUUUUGAGACCUCCGUUGUCGACUGCUUCUCAAGGCUAGAGUUCAUCUCCUAAUCGCCCCGCUCCAUCACCUUUGCACGGCUGACUUCGAAUCUAUCCCUUGGGUAGAGCAGGCGGUCUUUGCAACUGAAACCUACUCAGUAAUGAUUAAAAAAAAAUCAGGGUGUAGUCUUUUGCGUUGAAUUUUAUUGUUCCUACUAAACACAUUUGUCUUCCUUGCUCUCACACUUGAGUGAGCUUUAAGAUUUGGUGACCUCACUAGCCAUUCAUUCAAGACAUUAAAUUAACACUGUCACAAAUGUGCAAUUAUGAAGUGGUAGAUGUCAGGAAGGAAGAUUUAAAGUGACAAAUCUGGUUUAGGUUAAAACUUAGCUGGUUAAAGUGUAGUGACAAGCUAUUACUGAAGAGAAACAUGACUGGUUGUAUGUCUCGCCUACUAAGACCCUCACACCCCAAGAGAAAUUACUGAGUCCUCUGCAGUGGUGUAGACAUAUUCUGGAUCAUCCAACUCCAGAGAUAGAAGCUGCCAAACGUUCCCUAUGCUUUAGACUGGAACAAGGUUACAUUUCCAGAAGUUCUCCUCUCAGUCCCCAGUCAUCAAUAGACAGUGAACUGAGCACCUCUGAACUGGAAGAUGAUUCCAUCUCCAUGGGAUAUAAACUACAGGACCUCACUGAUGUUCAGAUCAUGGCUCGACUGCAGGAAGAGAGUCUCAGACAAGAUUAUGCUUCUACUUCAGCAUCUAUAUCAAGACACAGCUCAAGUGUAUCUCUGCAUUCAGGAAAGAAAGGGACGAGCAGUGAUCAGGAAUAUGAUCGCUAUAGUCUUGAGGAUGAAGAAGAGUUUGAUCACUUACCCCCUCCACAGCCCCGACUCACACGCUGCUCACCAUUUCAAAGAGGAAUUCCACACUCUCAAACUUUUUCCAGUAUUCGGGAGUGCAGAAGAAGCCCCACAUCACAGUAUUUCCCUUCAAGUAAUUAUCAGCAGCAGUAUUAUUCUCCUCAAGCCCAAACUCCGGAGCAGCAACCAAAUAGGAUUAAUGGAGAUAAACUCAGAAGAAGCAUGCCUAACUUAGCUCGGAUGCCAAGUACUCCCACCAUUAAUAACAAUGCUAGCUCUCCAGUCUCUGUGAGGAACAGUCAAAGUUUUGAUUCCAACUUACAUGGAGCCGGUAAUGGUAUUUCCAAAAUACAGUCCUGCAUUCCAUCUCCAGGACAACUUCAGCACAGAGUCCAUAGCGUGGGACAUUUUCCUGUGUCUGUCAGACAGCCUCUCAAAGCUACGGCUUAUGUAAGCCCGACUGUACAAGGCAGCAGUAGUAUUCCCUUAUCCAGUAACUUACAAUUAUAUUCUAAUACUGGAAUCCCAAUGCCAAACAAGACUGCGAAUCCUGGGACUGUAGGACGUAGUGCUCUUCCAAGACCCUCAUUAGCCCUAAGUGGGAGUAGCAUACCCAGAAGUAAAAUUGCACAGCCAGUUCGAAGCUUUCUUCAGCCUCCAAAGCCUCUUUCUUCUCUUAGUACUCUACGAGAUGGAAACUGGAGAGAUGGCUGCUAUUGAUGUCAGCUGCCCCUGAACAACGGAAAAGAAAUAAUGUGGUUUCUAUUACCCAGCGGGCUGGGUAGCUAUGUCACAGGAAGGGAGGGUCCCACAACACUGUUUUCCAUUGAAUUUUAAUAUGUAAGAAUAUCCAUAUACCCUGUCACUUUUUAAAAAUGAACAUUAAAAACUAAAUAUUGCACUUAGUCAUUUGCCUGGAAAACUGCAGUGUUAACAAACAGUUGCAGUAUUGUCAUUUAGAACUUAAGAAUUUUUUAUAAAUGUUCAAACUACCGGACUUACUUUCUUUGAGAGAACUAAAAAAUGCCACUAUUUCAAACAGCUUUGUCAUAUAAUAGGGUAAUUUAUUCAGUGUACUUUGUAAAGAUAUUAUGCAUUUUGUUGCAAAUUUGGGGGCCUACAUUAUGCACUU